AUGCCCCUCUCACCAUCUCAUAUAAUGGACGACCCAUCAAUCUCCCUACCUUCAGUUACACCUCUCUCACCUGAUCGUCCCCAAGUACCAAGAAAAGUCGCUCCUCCAAGUCUUAUCCUCGGUCUCCCACAACCACCCCAAUCCCAAUCCCAACAGCAGAGGACUCCCCCUGCUAGUGCUACUGUUGCACGCCGUCUACCCCCACCACUACCACUAGUGACACCCUACGCCCCCUAUGUCCCCAAACGUCCUCUACCACUACGCACUCACUCGCCAUACACCGCCCACCCCUCCCCAUCCUCUCCACCCCCAAGCACAGCACACUACCCAACAUCCUACGCACCCCGUCAACGCGUGCCAACCUCACCGUCGCUCCACUCCCAGCCUUCCCUUUCCUCACUCGCUUCACUCGGAUCUGCUGUCUCCUCUGAUAGGCUAUCGCUGCAUUCUCACUCUCUCUCAUCCCGCUCUUCGGUCCGCUCUCCACCUCCUUCUUCUCUCGCUCCUCCACAAGCACAAGCGCAUAUACAAGCACAAGCACAAGGCCUAACUCCCCCUCCCAGAACACUAAAACACUCCCACUCACAUUCAGCAAGCUCAUUCCAAUCAGUAUCCCUCUCCUCAGAAGGGUCACCUUCUCCACGUCCGGAUCUCUCUCCCUCCACCCCCUCCUCCCUGCCCCUACCCCAAUCGCAGCCGCAAGGGCAGGGGCAGGCAGAUCAGGAUCAGGCUCUGGAGGACGAACUCGAACGAGCGACUACGAGCAGUUUGGCAGAUACGGCAUCUUACGAUAUGCUUGAUCUUUCUCCGACGUCACCUCGUUCUACCCAAGGGAUCAAUAGCAACUUCCCUGCCUAUUCCCCGGCGGCGGGGGCAGCUCCGAGAGGGAUUGUUAGUAGCACAAGGGCGAUGUUUGAGCCCUCCCCCUCUCCCUCUCCGCCUAUCCAAGGAGGUCUGUGGGCCGAGCCACUGCCCCGGACAGGACCAAACCAAAAUCAGUCAAAGCCGAAGCCGGUGCGGAAACCUGUACCCUUGGGAAUGGGAGUAGGAGGGAUGGGGAUGGGAGUGGGAGGGAAAGGGUCGGUUAGCGCCCCCCCUACGCCGCCGCCCCGGGGGAAGAUGACGAACCAAGCCGGCCCUGGAAUGAGAUCGUCGCUUACGCCUAUGCCUACACCGUCUGCUCCGGCCUCGACCCCGGUUCAGCUGUCGAGCAACGCGCAGGGACUCGCGCAGGCGCAGGGACAGGCGCUGGGGAAGGGGCAAGCGUUGAAUGGGAGGAAACCGCCCAUCCCGCCAAUGGCAUACCUCCGGUAUGCGCUCGUUUUUGACAGGAACUGGACUCGGGCUGCCGGGCGUGGGCGCGUUUCUCCGUCUGGCUCUGGACCUGGCUCUGGAUUUGGAUCUGGCUCUGGGGCUGCUUCUACUCAGGUUCAGCCAGCUGCCGUGCUAUCCACCACCAGCACUCCAAGAGCUGCUCCGACUCCAACUCCUGCCAAACCGAUCCCUGCCAACCCCAGUAGCGGCCCGUUCACCGGAUCUGUAGCGUUUACGACUUCCCAGCUCGGGAGGAGCGCUAUUCCGGGAAAGGCACAGGGACAGGGCGGCAGCCUAUCGACUUCGACUUCUCUUUCGAGCCUCUCGAGUAGCUCUACAUUCUCGACACUCUCUUCUUCAUCCACUUUCUCCGCGUCCGGCUCCGGGUCAGGGUCGACGUUCUCACCCCAACCGCAAUCCCCACGUGCGCUUCCCCGUACAGGCACACAGACAGGGUCGACGGAUACGCUCACUCUUAGUCUUUCGGUCCCUACGCCGACGCCGACGCCGGGGACGGGGACGGGGACGGGGACGGGGACGGGGACGAGGAAUAGGUCUAGCGGGUGGAGGGGGACUAGUAUGGACGGCAUGGACAUGGAAGGGAUGGAAGGGAUUGAGGCCGAGAUGUUGAGCAGGGCUGCCGCUGCAGGAAACUGGAAUGGGAGCGGGAGCGCGGAGAGGAAAGGGAAGGGGAACCGAGGACCUGGGGACGGGGAUAUCGGGCCAGGGAGUGCAGGAGCAGGGGCAGUGGGAGCAGGGGCAGGGGCAGGAGAAGGAGAAGCAGGGGAGAAGAAGUUGCAGGGAUAUGUCGUCAGAGCGGUUUGGACGCUGUCGAGGUUACAGAGGGAGGUCUUACAGGGGAUUUGGUAUGUUUGUCUUUCUGUCUCCUUUUUUCCUUCCCUAUCUCUCCCACUUUCCCACUUUCCCUCCCCCCACCCUCCUCCCUAUCACACCCACGCUCCCGCCAGGCAUGCUCACCCCCUUCCCCUUCCCCUUUCUAGGAACGAAUGUGAUACCACCCACUAUGGCGCUCUGGACAAAGAACAGUUCGCGAGGGGGAUGUGGAGGAUUGAUGAGGAGCUGCGCCGGGCUCGGGAGAGGAGGGACCGUGGGAAUGGGAAGGAGAAAGGGGGGAGGUGA